UUUUUUUUUUUUUGAAUAUCUGUAUCCCUGGUAAGGUGUGGUUGGGAAGUUGUGGGCAUGACACGUGUAAAGAAACAAAAUUCUGUUACAAUGUUAUUAUAAAACGUAGAGAAAAUAUAAAAUUUUCUAGAAUAUUUGGCAAUUGUUAUCUGGUUGUGUUUAUAUAUGAGCUUCUUGCACAAGUUUUGGCGCUUACCUUACCUUGUUAACAGUAGUUAAGCUCUGACCUACUAAAAAAUAGUGGGUUUCAUCAGAUGGGUAGCUAUUAUGGUUCAUCCACUACUAGAGGUUUAACGAAAAAUCAACUUGGUGGUGUAAUUUUCGGUACCAAUAAAACAACAAUCAAAGAAUGCCUUUGCAAGAAACUCUUCGGUUUACCAAGUUCACACUUGGUGUAUGUGAAAAACAUCGAACCCGGUCUACCUGUAUUUCUUUUCAACUAUACAGAUAGAACACUACUUGGGAUCUUUGAAGCUAUAAGCUCGGGUCAAAUGAACAUUGACCCGUGUGCUUGGACUUGUGAAGGUUCUCAAAGAACACCAUACCCUGCUCAGGUUCGUAUACGAGUGAAGCUGCAAUGUAAAUCGUUAACGGAGAAUCAAUUUAGGCCCUUAAUUAUUGACAACUAUCAAACUUUGAAUCAGUUUUGGUUUGAGUUAGACCAAGCCCAAACAGACCGUCUAUUGAAAUUAUUGGCAUCUCAAGCGGUGUCUUGUCCAAGUACAACAUGUACUCCACAUAAUACAACAAAUGGGACAACUUUCUUUCCAUCGGUGGAAGCUAUUACCGAGAAGGAUGUUAUUUGCAUGAAGCUUAAAGAAUUGGCACUAAAGCGUAAACUCUUGGCCCCAAGCCCAUCUGGUAUUGUUGUCAACAAUAGCACCGUGGAGAAGAAGAGUCCACAAAUGAAUCCCAUCAUAGCUAAGCUGAUUGAAAAAGUUGAAGAGUUUAAGGCAUUUAAAGUGACGCAGAAGGAGACGAUUAAUCAUUUGGAAAAGAAGAUCACUUUUUUGGAGCAGAAUUUGGCUGAAGCCCAAGCUGAAAUUAAGAACCUAAAAGGCAUGCGUAAAACGUCAGAGAUAGAAACUUGUGUAGGCCCACAAGUACGCAAUGACAUAAAAUUAAAUGAAAAUAGUUUAGCUGCUGACUCGAUACUUUUGGUGGGAGGAUAUGAUGGUACGUCAUGGUUGCCAUCAUUGGAUUGUUACUCCCCGUCACAUGGUCUAACUAAAUCCCUUAGUCCCAUGUAUACCGAAAGAUGUUAUGCAGCCGUUUCAAAGUUAGAUGGUGAGCUUUUCGUGUUUGGUGGUGGGACCUGUGGUCAAUGGUUGGAUACAGUUGAAUCUUAUAAUCCAGUAGAUGAUCAAUGGACAACUUGCCCUCCUCUAAACAGAAAAAACGGGAGUCUUGCGGGGGCCACUCUAAAUGAUAAUAUCUAUGCACUUGGUGGUGGGAAUGGAGUAGACUGCUAUUCAACAGUAGAGAUGUUGGAUUUUGAUGUAGGAGCUUGGAUUCCAUCACGCUCCAUGCUUGAAAAGCGCUUUGCUCUUGCUGCAGCUGAGCUUAAUGGGGCGAUUUAUGCUGUUGGAGGCUAUGACGGGACAUCCUACUUGCGGACAGCUGAAAGAUUUGAUCCAAGAGAAUGUUCUUGGAAGAAAAUCGAGAGCAUGAGUACAAUGAGGGGAUGUCCGUCAAUGGUUGUUUUGAAUGAAAAACUAUACGUUUUAGGAGGUUAUGAUGGUAAGACAAUGGUUUCAACCGUAGAAAUCUAUGAUCCAAGACGUGGAUCAUGGGUGUUUGGGGAGCCCAUGAACCAUGCUCGGGGAUUUUCGGCUGCAGCAGCGGCUAACGAUUCUAUCUACAUCAUUGGUGGGCUCAAAAGUGGUGAAGAAAUUAAUGACACAGUUGAGUGCUAUAAGGAAAGCCGGGGCUGGGAAAUGACAAACACCAAUGAUGCAUAUCGAAGGUGCUUUUUUUCAGCUAUUGCUCUAUGAACAAGUGAAGGCUAACCAUCAAUAAAAGUAAUUUAAUCGUGUUAUUUUUAAGUUACUGUAUGAGAAUUAUUGAAUGAACCUUUAGUAGAGUAAAAUCUUGAAGACUUCUUGACUGACUAUAUUAUGUUUCCUAUUUGCUCU